UUUGUUCGCCUAAUCCGAACAUCUAUUUUUUAUGUGUUCAUAGUGACAGAAGAGAGUAGCGGUAGAGCGCCCUUCUUAUAAAGGCAAUAAUAGCGAGGCGCUGGAAAUAAAUAAAUACAAACCUUUAAGGAAUACCGCUUUACUGGAAUAACCUGGAGAGUGCAUUAUUUAUCCCGGAGACGGGGAGAAACGCCUGAAGCAGCGCGUUCAUCCACACAUUGUAGACGCACACAAAACCAGGUUCAAAAUGUCUGCCCCAGGCCCUGCCGGUGCCCCAGAAGGAGGUAACCAGCCUCCCCCUAACCUCACCAGCAACCGUCGCUUACAGCAGACACAGGCUCAGGUGGAUGAGGUGGUGGACAUUAUGCGUGUGAACGUAGACAAGGUUCUGGAGAGGGACCAGAAGCUGUCAGAACUGGAUGAUCGGGCUGAUGCCCUGCAGGCUGGAGCCUCACAAUUUGAGACCAGUGCCGCCAAGCUCAAGAAUAAAUACUGGUGGAAGAAUGCCAAGAUGAUGAUUAUCCUGGGGGUGAUAUGCGCGAUUGUCCUCAUUAUAAUCAUUGUGUACUUCAGCACCUAAUGCGUGACGUUCCUACCCCACUCUGAGCUCAUGAAUGCCCAAUUCCAAGCCACAGAAAAAUCCCUCCCAAACAAAGAUGAGAAAAACGACUUCUCACAACAAUCGAUUUAUUUGCCCUCAAAGAGUCUAAAUCCGGCCCUUCCCGAGCCCCCUUGCCCCCUGCCUCCUCUGCCUCACAGCUGGGCCCCUGUAACUCCUCGUUCAUCCUGUCCGUGAGUGUGUGGCCAUGUCUCCUCUGUAAAUACCUCCGGCUUUUCGGAAAUACUGUUCAUACUCCAAACUCCUGAUUACUUGUGACAACCGAUAAAAAAGAAAUCACAACCCUUAGAAUAUGAUAAGAUUAUACAGUAUAUAUUCCAAAUGUUCUUUGUAGAGUUUUAUUCUGAUAUAAUGGUUUUUGUAGUUUGUGUGUGAGUGUGCAUUUGUAUAUUUUUUUUAAGUUUUGAAAGAUUUAUUUUGCUUCAGGUUUAAACUACUGCCUCUUAAUCUGGGUGUUUGUAUCUUGCAUGCUCUAUUUCACUCUUUCUUGCUCACUGAGUAUUGGUGUAUUUUUGCACAAGCGAUAGACUCCCUUAACUGAGGUACUAAAUCAAUAUCCCCAAUUUGUUCUUUGUCACAUGCACUCUAUUUCAGUCCUACACAUUGCCCCCUCAACCCCCUUUCACUUUCUUUCUUUCUUUCUUUCUUUCUCUCUCUCUCUCACCAACAGUACUUACUCUUAGUGAACUGCCACAACAGACUGGACCAAUGACUGUAGAUGCUUAUCUUAAUUUAAUGUCUUUAGUGUCUUAUCUCUUAAACAUUCCUUAAUAGCAGUGUAGAAUUAUGCUGUCUAUCAAACAAAGUAAGUGUAUUUAUCUUAAAGAAUUCCAAAAUAGGUCUUAAACCACCUCGAGUACUUGUUGUAACGCAGUCAAACUAGGUUUUGACAGGGAUAGCGAAGUAAUUAAUCGCACAUGGGUCAAUUGCGCUGUAAGUGAAAAGACUUGAAAGCGUUAGUGCUAUUCGAACUGCAACUGCGAACUGAUUCAUUCUGCUGGUAAAGAUUUUGAAGCCCAGAGAGAUUCAAGGCCGAAAAGGGGAAAUAGUAUCAUGCACAAAAAGCUUGUUUUUGAUGGCGCGUUUUAACUGGUUAGACUGCGGGUGCUGUGUUACUUCCUUGCAGCAGAACUACUGCCAAACCGAUACACGAGUUCAUCCGUCUGAAAGCACACAGGUUGAUACUUCAGUGUGAGGUAGUUUUGACAGCUGUGGUUCGCUCUCUUAAAUCUAGAUACUGCCUUUAAUUUAGUCUUUCUUUUAAUUUUAGAUAUAGAUUCUAUUGUAUUUUUGUGUGCGAAGCAGGCAGGAAAGGGAGCACGUCGUUUCAGGACUUGACGCUGGUGCCAUGUGCACAGCGAGCACCUUUGUGUCCCUCGCUAUUAUCCACCUCUCUGUGUGCCUGUUUGUUGAGUUCAGCUGUAGAUUACACACUGCCAAGCACCUGAGGGGAAGUUUUUUUUUCUUGUUGUCUUGUUUUUUUCCACAGUGCUCUUCCUGGUUUGCUCUUGUGCGUAUAUUCGCCUCCAUCAGCAUCACCCAUCAGCCUCAUCCAACCCAAUCUGUCGACAAAAAGCGAGCCAGGCGUGAAGUGUGCGUCUGCACGUGAACACCCCCCUCCUCCCCUUCACGUUUCCAAUUUAGCGCCAUGUUCUUUCACACAUGAUUCGGUUUCUAGCCACCCGUCGUAGUGUGUGUGUGUGGAGUAUUUCGGCUUCAUCCUGACAGAUUAGGCUGCUUAGACCUAUGCAGGUAAAGAAAGGCUGUUCCCGUGGCAACCUGCUUGCAUAAACAAGGGGGAGGGCAUAGAUUAGCUGAUUGAUUGUGACAGGGGGCGGAGCUGUUAAGGGGGCGUGGCUAUAUACAUUAUUCCACUGGUGUGUUGUUCCAUAUUAAGAAAAGCUUAAUGUUUGGAGCAGAACGAACUGUAAUACUUUGAACGCUAAUAAUUUUCAUUUCAUUCAUUUUUUCCUUCUUUAAAAGGAGAUUGCCUUAGUUAAUUUCAUUUUUUCCCCAUCCCUGCAUGCUCCUUCUCUCCUUUGUCCCACUCACAUUGAGCUUAUUUAAUGAAAAAUGACCAAAGACCAUAUUAUAUCUUGCUUAUACUGCCAACUGCCAUCAAAAACAGUUUAAGGGACAACAUUUCCCCAGAUCUCUGGUUUUUAAAAGCUCUCAUCCAGCAAAAGGAAACAAGAAAUCGCCCAUCUCUCUUCAGGUCUAUGUUUAUUGUACUUGAAUAUUUAGUGGAGGUGAUUGCUAACAGGAUAAGGAAUUUGAAACCACAAUCUGAUGGACGCAUCCCCAGGCCUGAUAUCUAAACAAUAAUAGCACAACUUCUCGUUUAGGUCUGUAUCUUUAAUGCUGAACAUAAAACAUGGAACUAUUUCUUUGUAGCUGUUUAAAGAAGAAAAAAGACAACAAAUCUGUAUUGUUGUAGUGUGGGCUUCAUUUGGAGGAAGGGGGUCCUUUUUUUAGAUUUUACAUUUAAGGCAUAAGCAAUCUGGAAUUAGAAUAAGAUGUUGAUCAUAUUAAAAUAGAUAAACUAUUUAUUAUAUUAGGCAAAUAUAAGAAUUCUCUCCAAGGGGUUGUCAACAUUUUAAAGGAGUCUAUAACUAACUAAUAAACAUCAUGCAUUGGGGUAGGACUCAAACGUGACAAAUUAAUCAAAAAGAGUUUAAGACGCUUCACAUAUUGAAAGGAUUCUAAUAGGGGACUACUACAAAUAAUGUAUGUGCUUUUCUGUUUUUCUUUGUGUGAGUGUAUGAAGACAUUUUCUUUUGUCUUGGCACUUACUGUAUGUUUUGUUCAAAACCGCGUGGGUCGAGAGGGACGGUGGGAGUAGUUUUGUCACGCCAGCCUGUUAAAGAUGCUGCGUCUUCUUUAUUGGGAGGGAACCAAUGAAGACACAGAACUUUACUGGCUCAAAGCCACAGUGAUUUCUCCAUUGCUCACGUCAUACAGUUGUUUAGUCUUCAGUUGUUUACUUUAUUUUAAGUAGAAAUUAGUUAAGGCUUCACAGUGGUGCUCUGUGGCACAGCUUCAUUGUGCUUAGUUAGGAGAGGGUGAUUUUUUUUUAUAAUUUAAGUUGAAAUAUAAGAACGGUGACCUAAGAUAUCAAAGUAAUACUGGAAAAUGAACCCUGCCUUAUUAAAGGUUAGCGUGUCAAAAGUUUUUUUCAGAAAGCUUGUACAGACUUGAAAUCAAUUUCAAUUGGUUGCCAUGGCGUUAUAAAACAGUUUGAUUCGUUGUUGAAGGUUUUUGGGACUGAAUAAACAGUAUAAACAAGCAGAAUUUAAGGAGCUGAUACCAUAGAGCUUCAUGGAGGUCUAGAAAUGCAUCGAACCAAGAGCCAAGUUGCUGUAUUAAUAACAAUUUGUGCUUCAUUUGUGUAUUUAUUUGAUUUAUGGAGGUUCAUUUGGAAAGGAAAGGUUGAGGAUUAGCAUUAACCCUGUUUGUCUGGCCUUUUUGGAGGGACUAGGCUGGAGGAUCAUGGGUAAUGCGGUCUUCACAGUUUUAUUUUAUGUUGUUAUUUUAUUUUAUUUUUUAUUUAUUUGUGUCAUAAGUUAUAGUGGACUACAUAUUAAA